AUGGGAUUUGAUUUAUCAACCACAACAUCAUUUGUCACCGUCCACUUGUUCACAUGGUAUGGUGUUGGUAUAGUGGCUGUCUUAAUAUAUGCAACCAUCGCUAAGGUCAAGAAAGAAAUUUUCAUUAAAAAACACGGAUGCAAAGAAGCGUAUGUGUUUCCCGAUGGGGGCCCUUUUGGCUUGAUAUUAGCCUACGUUUUACAAAAAUACAAGUCAAAUGGUCAGAUUCUUGAUUUUGCUUUAGAAUUGUAUGAGAAAUACGGUAGAAGAUUGACUUUCACUGCUUACUUGUUUGGAGUUCGAGUCGUUGUUUCUGGUGAACCCGAAAACAUGAAGGCUAUCUUGGCUACCCAGUUUAAUGACUUUUCCUUAGGUACGAGACACCCACAAUUUAAACCUUUGUUGGGAGAUGGUAUCUUCACAUUGGAUAACCAAGGAUGGAAAGAGUCAAGACAAAUGUUGCGUCCACAAUUCGCGAGAGAACAGAUUUCACAUGUUAAAAUGUUGGAACCUCAUGUACAAGUACUUGCUGAACACAUUAGAAAACACAAGGGUCAAACAUUUGAUCUUCAAGAAUUAUUCUUCAGAUUGACUGUUGAUGCCAGUACUGAGUUUUUGUUUGGUGAGUCAGUCCAUUCGUUAUAUGAUGAAUCAAUUGGAAGGCAAUGUGACCCUGACGUUGCAGAUUUUGCAGAGGCUUUUAAUAAUGCUCAAAUAGCAUUAGGUGUCAGAACCUAUUUGCAAGCUGCUUACUUUCUUUACAACCCACCUUCAUUUUGGAAAAAUUCAAAGAUUGUUCACAAGUUUGCCAAAACAUUCGUCAACAAAGCAUUGAGCUUAACUCCGGAAGAAUUGGAUCAAAGGGGCGAGAAACAUGGAUAUACAUUUCUUUACGAAUUAGUUAGACAUACGAGAGAUCCUAAAGUUUUACAAGAUCAAUUGCUAAACAUCAUGGUUGCUGGUAGAGAUACAACUGCUGGUCUUUUAUCAUUUACCUUCUUUGAAUUAGCCAGACACCAAGAUGUGUGGAAUAAAUUGAAGGAGGAGAUUUAUCAUCACUUUGGAUCAGGUGAAGACAGUGAUGUCGGAAAUAUUACUUUUGAGACUUUGAAGCAAUGUACUUACCUCAAAUGGGUUUUGAAUGAAGUUUUAAGAAUGUACCCCUCCGUUCCUGUCAAUUUCAGAGUCGCAAACAAAGACACCACUUUACCUGUAGGUGGUGGUCCUGAUGGAACUUCUCCUGUUUAUAUUGGAAAAGGAACUGCCGUUGCUUACUCGCCAUACAUGACACAGAGAUUGGAAACAUUUUAUGGAAAAGACUCCUUUGAGUUUAAGCCUGAGCGUUGGGAAAAUGCCCCAAAAUUGGGAUGGGCCUAUUUACCUUUCAACGGAGGUCCACGUAUUUGUUUGGGACAACAAUUUGCCUUAACUGAAGCCUCGUAUGUUAUUGUACGUUUGGCUCAAAUGUUUCCCAACUUGGCAAGUAAAUAUGAUGGGCCGGAACCAUGCAGGAAGUUGAUUCACUUGACUAUGUGCCUUAUGGAUGGUGCACAAGUUCAAAUGAGUUAA